AUGGCUCCCAGUGACUGACUUUGGACACACUCUGUACUCACUGUGAGUGUGUGUGUGUGUGUGUGAGUCUGACUCUGGACGGUCAUGGCGCACUCGGUCAUCCCUCCGGAGUUACAGAACGGACACGGAGAUGAGGACGACCUCGAGCACGAGCGCGUCUACCUGCGGGACCGGCGGAGGGCCAAGUCGUUACCGGCGUACCCCGAGCAGGCCAGCCUGCUCAGCCACCUGUCGCAGCGCUGCAGGAAGCAGGUGAAGUUCGCCGACGCGCUGGGGUUGACCCUGACCAGCGUGCGGCACUUCAGCAUCGCCGAGGACCCGCAGGUUCCCUCCGAGGUGUUCGCCGCGCUGCGCUCCAAGCGCGAGCCCUCCUCCUCCUCCGCCGCCGGCGCGCCCGCCCGGGAGACGCGGCUCGCGCCGGAGCACACGGAGGCGCGCGCGAGGCGCCGCGGGGUCGCGCUGGAGACGGCCUCGCUGUCCGGGUGGGCCGUGCGCGGGGUCAUACGCGCGCACGUCGCGGAGAACGCCUGGACCGAGGUCGGGGUGCGGUACACCUUCAACCAGUGGGUGUCCUUCGCGGACGCGCCCGCGGUGCCCGUGUGCGGCAAGCGCGCGCACCCAGGCACCCAGAUGUUCUCGUUCACGGUGCACACGCCUCCUUUUCGCGAGCCGGACGCCGGCGUGCACUUCGCCGUGUACAUGAGGACUGACCGCGGCGACUUCUGGGACAAUAACGACGAGCAGAACUACCGUGUGCAGUGUGGCCGCGUGCUGUAAAAUACCCCAACAGGGCGAGACAUCACACCCGCAGCCAUGCACAUGGGGACACAUGGGGACAAUGCACAUGUAGGUUUGUGCACUUGUUGGACAGAACUGCUUCAUUCACUGCACAAAGACAUCAGGCUUCAUGCAUUAUUUAUAAUUCCCUACAGAAUAUAUUGAGAGACAUGGACCUUUCUGUGCAUCCUUGCAUCACUGACAGACCUGACCCUAAAGCUCCAAUAAGCUCUUUCCCAGAAGGUGAUUUUUAUAAUUUUUUUGGUUUACAAUGCAUCAUCACCAUGACGGUAACUCUAUAGCUACCCACCAGCCUGGGUGCGGUCAUGCAUUUGCCCUUUGAUGUCACAUGACACAUGCAUUGUCUGACCAAUUUUCCAGGGGUAGUAUUGGUAGUGGUGGGCUAGCGCCAAAUUAUCAAAACAGGUCCUUACACCACAUACAAAAAAUGUCAUAUCAUAAUGGUAAAUUGAAAUGAGCAUGAAGUGUUUGGCUUUCUAAAUUUAGCAAGCAAAGAACCACAUUCAGCGAUGUCCCUGUAUGAAACACUGAGCCGAACUGAGUUUGGAAUUGAAAGAGUUGAAAUUUUAAGUUGGGCAGGGGAAGCUCAAUGGUUAAGGUGAUGGGAAGAUCGCAGGUUUAAACCCCAGCACCACCAAGUUGUGACUGCUGGACCACUUGUAGCCCUUAGGAAUUUUUGUUUUGCUG